UUUCUAUCAAUUUUCUCCUAUUUAUAAUUGCUCUUCUUUAACCUUUCCUACACAAAUCAAUCCAAAAAAACUCACACACUCCCCAACUUUCUCUCUCUAAAUUUUCUUGUUGGUGAAUAAAAAAAAGAAAAACAAUGUCUGAAGCAGCAGCACCAGCUGCAAGUAAAGUUAUGGCAGAUUUUGAUCCUGUUAAGAAGCCUCCUAAGAGAAAUAUGUUUGCUUUUGCUUGUGCUUCUUUGGCUUCUAUGACUUCAGUCUUGCUUGGCUAUGAUAUAGGAGUAAUGAGUGGGGCAGCAAUCUACAUCCAAAAAGAUUGGAACCUAUCGGACACAAAAAUCCAAUUCCUAGUGGGUACACUAAACAUCUACUCCCUCUUCGGCUCAUUCGCCGCCGGUAGGACGUCUGAUUGGAUUGGACGUCGCUACACGGUAGUAUUAGCCGGAGGCAUAUUUUUCGUAGGAGCCCUGCUAAUGGGGUUCGCUACGAACUAUGCAUUUUUAAUGGUAGGACGUUUUGUGGCGGGUAUAGGUGUUGGUUACGCACUUAUGAUUGCACCUGUUUAUACUGCCGAAGUAUCACCCGCCUCUUGUAGAGGAUUUCUUACGUCUUUUCCUGAAGUUUUUAUAAAUGCUGGGAUUUUAUUUGGGUACGUUUCAAAUGUUGCGUUUAUGAAACUUGGUACUAAUUUGAAUUGGAGGUUAAUGUUGGGAGUUAGCGCUAUCCCUAGUGUGUUACUAGCUCUUGGUGUUCUUGCUAUGCCCGAGUCGCCAAGGUGGCUUGUUAUGCAAGGUAGACUUGCUGAUGCUACUAAAGUUCUUUUGCGUACUUCCGACUCGCCUCAAGAGGCUCAACUUCGACUUAGGGAUAUCAAAGAGGCCGCAGGGAUCCCACUUGAAUGUAACGAUGAUAUAGUUGUUGUUGAUAAGUCAAAAAGAAAAUCUGGUCAGGGAGUUUGGAAAGAACUCUUGAUCAACCCCACACCCGCCGUAAGACGUGUAUUAAUUGCUGGUAUCGGAAUUCACUUUUUCCAACAAGCCUCCGGCAUUGACGCCGUGGUUUUAUACAGUCCAAGAAUUUUCGGCAAGGCUGGAAUCACAAGUGACAUGAACAAGUUACGUGCGACUGUUGCAGUCGGAUUUGUUAAGACUAUGUUCAUAUUAGUUGCAACAUUUACUCUCGACAAAUUCGGAAGAAGACCAUUACUAUUAACUAGUGUUGGGGGUAUGAUCAUAGCCCUUAUAACCCUAGCCACAUCUUUAACCAUAAUUGACCAUUCUCAUGACAAGGUUAUGUGGGCCAUAGCCUUGUGUAUAACUAUGGUUUGUGCUUAUGUGGCAGCAUUUUCUAUAGGAUUAGGUCCUAUCACAUGGGUCUAUAGUUCCGAAGUGUUCCCCUUAAGGUUAAGGGCACAAGGUACAAGUAUUGGUGUUGCAGUUAAUAGGGUUAUUAGUGGAAUUAUUUCAUCCUUUUUUCUGUCUUUGUCCAAUGGAAUUACUACAGGUGGCGCGUUCUUUCUCUUUGCUGGAAUUGCUAUUAUUGCUUGGUUUUUCUUCUUUACAUUUCUUCCGGAGACUCAAGGAAGAACACUAGAGAAUAUGGAUGAGUUGUUUGAGGAUUUUAGGUGGAAGGACUCUUUGCAUGGUAAGAAGCCAAAUGAUAAUGUUAAUGAGGAUAGCACAAAAAAGGAAAGCAAUGGGAUCAAUGGAAAGAGUCAAAUACAAUUGGAAGCAACAACAAACAAUCAAUGAAUAUAAAUAGUUUUAUUUUUUUCCGUUUCAUUUUGUUUGUCGCAAAAAGGACGGUGAUGAUAUUAAUAGAAAAGGUCGAAUACAAUUGGAAGCAAC